UUAAAUCUUAAUACAUUUAUAUAUGCUUAGACGAGAAUUUGUUUGUACCUACUUGAUGGAAUUGUAAAUCGCCAGUGAAGAUCAAACUGAUCAGAUCCAUUAUGGAUGAAACUGAAACAUCUGGAGAUGAAGAUUUCUUUCCAGGAUGCAGAACAAUUUAUCAGAAAAGAUCAGCAGAGUCCAGCUAUGUGUCUGAGGAGUGAAAAGUCUAUCGAUCAACCAAUAUUUAGCAGUCGUGAUUCAAGGACUGGCCUCAGUCCAGUUCAGCAGAAGAGAUCAGAAGCAGAGUCCAGCUGUGUGUCUGUGAAAAAUGACAGGUCUAUGGAUCGAUCAAUGAUGUCUAACAGUGGAGAUUCAAGGACUGGUCUCAGUCCAGUUCAGCAGAAGAGAUCAGAAGCAGAGUCCAGCUGUGUGUCUGUGAAGAGUGACAGGUCUAUGGAUCGACCAAUUAGGUUUAACAGUGGAGAUCCAAGGAAUGGUCUAAGUCCAGUUCAUCAGAAGAGAUCAGAAGCAGAGUCCAGCUGUGUGUCUGUGAAGAGUGACAGGUCUAUGGAUCGACCAAUUAGGUUUAACAGAGACUCAAGGACUUUUCUAAGUCCAGUUCAUCAGAAGAGAUCAGAAGCAGAGUCCAGCUGUGUGUCUGUGAAGAGUGACAGGUCUAUGGAUCGACCAAUUAGGUUUAACAGAGACUCAAGGACUUUUCUAAGUCCAGUUCAUCAGAAGAGAUCAGAAGCAGAGUCCAGCUGUGUGUCUGUGAAGAGUGACAGGUCUAUGGAUCGACCAAUUAGGUUUGACAGAGGAGAUUCAAGGACUUUUCUAAGUCCAGUUCAUCAGAAGAGAUCAGAAGCAGAGUCCAGCUGUGUGUCUGUGAAGAGUGACAGGUCUAUGGAUCGACCAAUUAGGUUUAACAGUGGAGAUCCAAGGACUGUUCUCAGUCCAGUUCAUCAGAAAAGAUCAGAAGCAGAGUCCAGCUGUGUGUCUAAGAAGACUCACACAUCUAUGGUUAGGCAAGGACAUUUGAAGACUAGAAAUACACGCCCUGGUCUCAGCAAUGAUGUCCUUAGAUCAAAUCUGCUGAAGAAGUUUGAGCGUCUGUAUGAAGGAAUAGCGAUGCAAGGAAACUCAAAACUCCUGAAUGAGAUCUACACAGAGCUCUACAUUACAGAGAGUGAGACUGGAGAGAUCAGUAAUGAGCAUGAGGUGAGACAGAUUGAGAGACAAUUCAGGAGAGAAGUGACAGAGGACACAGCCAUCAAAUGCAGUGAUAUUUUUAGACCUUUACCUGGACAAGACAAAGCCAUCAGAACUGUGCUGACAAAGGGAGUCGCUGGCAUUGGAAAAACAGUCUCUGUGCAGAAGUUGAUCCUGGACUUUGCUGUAGGGAAAGAGAAUCAGGACAUCCAGCUCAUAUUUCCACUUCCUUUCAGAGAGAUCAACUUAAUGAAGAACAAAAAAUUCAGUUUUUCAGAUCUUCUUCAUUACUUUUUCCCUGAAACUAAAGAAAUGGAAAUAUUCAGUGAUGAAUAUAAAGUGUUGUUCAUCUUUGAUGGUCUGGAUGAGUGUCGUCUGUCUCUGGACUUUGAGAGCAAAGUGAAACUCUGUAAUAUAUCUAAAUCAGCCUCAGUAGACGUGCUGCUGACGAACCUCAUUGUGGGGAAUCUGCUUCCCUCUGCUCUCAUCUGGAUCACCUCCAGACCAGCAGCAGCUGAUCUCAUCCCCCCUGAGUGCGUCCAUCGAGUGACAGAGGUACGAGGCUUCAAAAAUCCACAGAAGGAGGAAUACUUCAGGAAGAGAAUCAGUGAUCAGAGUCUGGCCGAGAGGAUCAUCUCACACCUGAAGUCAUCGAGGAGCCUCUACAUCAUGUGCCACAUCCCAGUGUACUGCUGGAUCUCUGCCGCUGUUCUGGAGAAGAUGUUGAGUGAAGCAGAGAGUGGAGAGAUUCCCAAAACGCUCACUCAAAUGUACACACACUUCCUGAUCCUUCAGACCAACAUCAAACAUGAGAAGGACUAUGAGAAUAUCAUGAGCAAUGAAGACAUGAUCCUCAAACUAGGGAAACUGGCAUUUGAGCAGCUUGUGAAAGGAAACCUGAUCUUCUACGAGGAAGACCUGAGAGAGUGUGGCAUUGAUGUGACAGAAGCAUCAGUGUACUCAGGAUUGUGCACUCAGAUCUUCAGAGAGGAGUUUGGCUUGUAUCAGGGGAAAGUCUUUAGCUUUGUUCAUCUGAGCAUUCAAGAACAUCUAGCAGCUCUGUAUGCACACCUCUCCUCUACAAACAACAACAGAAAUGUGUUUGACCAACACAAAAAAAGUCUGUGUUCUACAGUUUUGUACUGUUUCCAAAAUGAUCCAUCAAUACAUUUUUCAUUAUCUGAGCUGCAUCAGAGGGCUUUUGACGAAGCUUUACAGAGUAAGAAUGGACAUCUGGAUCUUUUCCUGCGUUUUCUUCUGGGUCUCUCAGUGGAGUCCAAUCAGACUCUCUUAAGAAAACUACUGACACAGACAGCAAUCUGCUCCUACAACAAAGAGGAAACAGUUCAGUACAUCAAACAGAAAAUCAGAGAGAAUAACUCUUCAGAGAAAUCCAUCAAUCUGUUUCACUGUCUGAAUGAACUGGGUGAUGAUUCACUGAUGUAUGAAAUCCAAGAUUAUCUGAAAUCUGGAGAAAUAAGACAAACCAAACUCUCCUCUUCACAGUGGUCAGCUGUGGUUUAUGUGUUGCUGACAACAGAGCAGACGAUGGAUGUGUUUGAUCUAAAACCGUUUAUUGCAUCACAACAUUCAGUUGAAGAAGUUCUUAAGAAUUUGUUACCUGUGGUUAAACAAUCCAGAACAGUUCGGCUGCAGUUCUGUAAUCUCACUGCUCAGUCCUGUAAGAGUUUGUCUUCAGCUCUACAAUCCUCAAUCUCUGUCUUGAGAGAGCUGGACCUGAGUAACAAUGACAUGCAGGAUUCUGUAGUGAAGCAGCUUUCUGAUGGACUGAAGAAUCCAAACUGUCAGCUGCAGAUACUGAGGUUACAGUUCUGUAAUCUCACUGCUCAGUCCUGCGAGAGUUUGUCUUCAGCUCUACAAUCAUCAAACUCUUUCCUUAGAGAGCUGGACCUGAGUAACAAUGACCUGCAGGAUUCAAUAGUGAAGCUGCUUUCUGAUGGACUGAAGAAUCCAAACUGUCAGCUGCAGAUACUAAGAUUGUCUGGAUGUAUGGUGAUGGAGGAAGGCUGUGGUUAUGUGUCUGCAGCUCUAAGUUCAAACCCCUCACACCUGAAAGAGUUGGAUCUGAGCUACAAUCACCCAGGAGAUUCAGGAGUCAGGCUGCUCAUUGAAAAACUGGAGGAUCCAAACUGCACACUGGACAAACUCAAUUUGGAUCAUGGAGGAGAAUCCAGAAUUACAGCAGGAAUAAAGAAAUAUGCCUGUUCUCACAAACUGGAUCCAAACACUGCACACACUGAACUCAUUCUGUACGGGGAGUACACACAAGUGACACGUGUGGGAAAGAAUCGACCUUAUCCUGAUCAUCGAGACAGAUUUGAUUACUACCAUCAGGUGUUGUGUAGAGAGAGUGUGUGUGGACGCUGUUACUGGGAGAUUGAGUGCAGUGGAGAUGUGUCUAUAUCAGUGUCAUAUAAGAGCAUCAGGAGGAAGGGAGCGCAUUUUGAGUGUUUGUUUGGAUCUAGUGAUAAGUCCUGGAGUCUGUUCUGCUCUCCUGACAGUUACUCAUUCAAACACAAUAAGAUACAGACUGUUCUCCCUGUGAAGCCCAUCAGCAGUAGAAUAGGAGUGUAUGUGGAUGCCAGUGCAGGAAUUCUGUUCUUCUACAGCGUCUACAGAAAUACAAUGAGUCUUAUCCACACAGUCCAGACAACAUUCACUCAGCCACUCUGUCUUGGGUUUUAUGUUUAUAAAUCAUCAGUGAAACUCUGUCAAUGAAUCAGAAUAGAUUAAUAAGAGUUGCUACCCAUAAUGCUUUUAGCUGCAUGAUAAAUAAGUAACAGUGAGAGUCUCUUCAUCACAUUAAUACUGCAGCUGAACUUCUGUCACUAAAGUAAUAUGAAUAGAAAUAAUGUGUGCAAAAAACAAUUGACGAUUGUUUAGUGUCCAGAAACAUGAUGAAUCGUGAUGAAUUAAUGUCUUGAGUGUCACAUGAUCCAGCAGGCUGUGCUUUUAAGUUCAGCAUCUCUGGAAAUCAUGCAGCUCCUAUGAGACAGAAGUGAAGUGCAUUGCUAUGGGCUGCUGCAUCUGUCAGAUUAUCUGAAAAAAGCAAACCUGAGAUAGUGAUGAUAUAACACUGUCAGAAGUGAUAUUAUCUGAAUCCGUUCACACUGAUGCUGCAAACCUGAGAUAGUGAUGAUGUAACACUGACAUAAGUGCACUGACUUUAUAAUAACAUUAGAGUGUAUGAAGCAGUGUGCUGUAUUACAACUGCUCCAGGUCUGACUGAUCUCCCUAAUCAUACUGUAUUCUACAGCAGAAGUGUAUUAGUUGUGUUACUGUUGUGCUGCUCAGACCAGGGUAAUUAAAGUUAAAGGGACAGUUCUCUCAAAAAUUAAAAUUCUGCUGAACAAAAGAAGAUACUCUGAAGACUGUUGUUAUGGGAAAACAGUAUGGAAGUCAAUGGAUUUUUUUAACAACAUUCUUCAGAGUAUCUUCUUUUGUGUUCAGUUGUCAUUUCUUGGUGUCUUCAACUAAAACAAAACCAUAUACAAAUUUAUUACUGAAAA